AUGGGCAAGAUGCAUCGCGGUGAGAAGCUCAUGAAGCUCAGGCGGGAGUUGUCCCAGCUCCCCAUCACGGCUCUAGAUUUCUACACGUCUCGCUUAGGGAACGUCUAUCUCCUGGCCGGGGAGGACACGCGACUGGCCGUGUAUGCCGUGGAACCGGCAACCGAGCAGCAUUCGCUCUGCCGGAGCGAGGACAUUUUUUACGACCAGCCCCUGCACGGCAUCCGCGUGCAAGAGCCGCACGAUGGCGAGUCUCCACGGGCCAUCGUAUGGGGCUCGUCAGACAUCGCGAUGCUAGACGUCUCCGCGCUGGACACGCAGGUCCGGGCCGUCGAUGUCGUAGCCAGAGGGACCGCCCCGGACUGGAUCUACGAUGCCGCCGUCUCACCAUGGGACUCGUCUCUCGCCGUCGUCAUCACGGCGCACAACGAGGUAGUGCCUUGCCGGGUAGACGCUUCGGGGACCAUCGUGUUUGGCGCCUUGACGUCUCCGUCGCGACCGAUGCUCUACAACGGCCGGCUCGCGUGGCUGUCGUCGGACACGCUGCUCGUCGCGGCCGGCACCGUGUUCGGCGAUGUCGUGGUCUGGAAGUAUCACUUCGCCGCCGACGAUGAGAUGGGCCGUGGGAGGCACGAGAUGCUGUGCACCCUGACGGGCCACGAGGGGUCGAUAUACGGCGUGGACAUAUCUCCCGAGAUGGCAGGGCCUGGCGGGGAGUCGGUGCGGCUGCUGGCGAGCUGCAGCGACGACAGGACCAUUCGCAUAUGGGACAUUGCCACGGAGCGGCCGUCGACCCUGUCGGAAAUCAGGCCAAGCGAGGCACCCGAGACGGGUUUCAGGCCGACGCCGGAGUACGAUGCUCAGGCCACAGGCGAGGAGGACGGGGCGCGGCCUGUCGCGACGGCCAUGGGUCACGUCUCGCGUAUCUGGGGCGUCAAGUUUGGACUGCCAGGCACCUGCGACACGUUGGACUCUGCAGUGCCCGUGUACUCGUUUGGAGAAGACGCGACGGCUCAGAGAUGGCAACUUGAGCUACACUCUGCGGCCGGUCGAGGGAAGAAGCCGUUGGGAGAGUUGGUCCACAAACAGACGUACUCGCUGCACAACGGCAAGCACAUAUGGGCGGGUGCUGUCCUGUGUCGCGACGAGGCGACGCUCAUCGCUACGGGGGGCGGAGACGGCAAGAUCGGCUUGAUCACAGAGCCGUCUUCAGAACAGCCGACCGCGCAAAACUUACCCCGUGGGGUCAUCACAGCGGACAUGCGGGAUGUCCUCGACUCGACACGACCAGGCCUUGCCGCUGGUCGCGAGAUGAUCAGCCGCUAUGACUUUAUCACAGAGGACCAGGUACUCGCCAUCACAAAUCUGGGACGCCUCUUUGUCGGGGCUUUGAGCACUGGCAUCACUUGGCGAGAAAUCAAGACGAGCGAUGAGAUGACUGCCGAAUUGAGACUCACAUAUGUCUUCCGUGCGGUCCAUGACGGGGCCGCUGUCCUUGGAACGACCGAUGGCAAAAUCUUCUACGUCCGGGGGGCGGAUACGAUUACUCGCGUGGCCCAAGUUCCCGGCAGAAUCAUCGAGGCCAGUGUACUCUCAAAAGGGGCAUUCUCAACGGCCAGCGGCUCACCUGUGCAGAUUCUCGUACAUCUGCACGGUAGCUCAGAGUCGUGCUACAUCACCAUCGACUCCGAUGGCGGAAGCGCGAGUUACUGCCGAACAAAGGGCCUGGACAGCCGAUUUGUGGCCACAUCUGCGGCAAAGCUGGGCGAGCUUCUCAUCAUGGGGUCUCGCCAUGGUUGGAUCUCGCUUCUUCGGAAGCAAGGGGAUGCCUGGCGCCCAGUCUGCGAUGUCGCCACGCGAAGCCGCGAUGCAAUAACCUCCAUCGUCGCACUCCCCCCCCGGACCGACCUGCCGACCGCGUCCAAGUACUUUCUGGCGACGAGCCGCGACGGCAAGUAUCGCAUCUACGAACUCGAGCAGGAUGGUCAAUCACCACAGCUUCACCUUUUGCACGAGACAGCGCCGCCAUUUGGGCCCAUGAUAGAGGGCGCUUGGUUCACCCACGAUGCCGUGGAUCCGGAGCUGGUGCUGUACGGCUUCCGCAGCAAAGACUUUGUCAUUUGGAACGAGACACGGAGGGAAGAGAUCGCGAUGGUUGACUGCGGAGGCGCACAUCGCACGUUUCGACUCUGGAGCAGCGCGUCGGACCCCGGGCGUUACCACUUUGCCUUUACGAGGACCUCGAAGCUGUCGGUGUAUUCACAGGCACGGACGCCGCAUUGUACGCUUCGGAACGGGACUCACGGGCGCGAGAUACGGGCGCUGAGCUCUCGCGGACGGUAUCUUGCCUCCGGCGCAGAGGACACGUCGAUUCGCAUCUGGGAGUACCGCGAAACAACCAAGCCCGGCCAGACGGAGAUGCGCUGCCUGGCGUCCAUCAAAUCGCACGUGACGGGGAUACAGAGGCUGCAGUUUCUGGACGACGAGUACCUGUUCAGCAGCGCCGGAAACGAAGAGUUCUUUGUGUGGAAGAUACGUGUCUUGGAUUCUGCGUACCGCGGGCUGGCCGUUAUGUGCGAGGGGGUGUUUGCAGACAAGAGCCCGUCGGGGGACCUGCGCAUCAUGGACUUUGACGUUUGCAGAUGGGAUUCUGGGGGCGGCGGCGACGACACCGCCGGCAUGCCGGUGCUGCUGGUGACACUGGCCUUUUCCAAUUCGGCAGUCAAGACAUACCGCUACGGGCCAGGGGGCGGCAGGUUCGAGCCCUACGCGCAGGGGUUCUACACGGGGGCCUGUCUCACCCAGGUACGGCAUCUUGGCGUUUGCGGGGGCAACGGCUGGAUCAUGACGGCGUCGACGGACGGGCACCUCGCCCUGUGGAGGGAGGAUUUGAUCAACGCGCAGGGAAACAUCACGAGGACGUGGGUGCUCAUGGAGGCGGCGCGGGUGCAUCAGAGCAGCAUCAAGAGCCUGGACAUGGCGAGGGGGCGCGGAGGAGACGAUGGGUUUUGCGUCGUGACGGGCGGGGACGACAACGCGCUCGGCGUCGCCACGGUGAUGAGGAAGGGCGGCGGCGGGUUCACGUUGGCGGAACGGGGGAUCGUGCGGCGCGCGCACGCGGCGGCCAUCAAUGGUGUUGUUGCUCUCACGGCGGCAGGAGACGGGGACGACGACGACGACGAAGACGGCAUCACAGUCGUGAGCGUGAGCAACGAUCAGCGCGUCCGGGCAUGGAGGAUCGUCGCCGCCGCCGCCGCCGCCGCGGAUCCCUCCUCCUCCUCCUCCUCCUCGUCACUCUCCUCGCCGCGGGUCGAGCUCGUGUGCUCCGCAUUCAGCGGCGUCGCGGAUCCGGGAGACGUGGCGUGCGUGUCUGCGCCCGCGCCCGCGCCCGCGUCCCGGGACAGCGGAGGGGGUGAUUGGCAACGACCACGGCGCGUGGUGCUGGGGGGCGUCGGGAUCGAGGUAUGGAAUCUCGCGGCCUCACGAACCGAUGGCUUGAUUGAAUGA